AUGGCUGAUCAAGAAACUACUGGUUUAAGUGCUGCUGAAUUAAAAAAGAAACGAACAUUUCGUAAAUUUACAUAUCGUGGUGUUGAUCUUGAUCAAUUAUUAGAUAUGAAUAAUGAACAAUUAAUGCCAUUAUUACAUUGUCGUGCACGACGACGUUUAUCACGUGGUCUUAAAC